UGUCCCGUGAUUACGGUCAUCAGUUGUAGAUUCCCCUACCUGUGCUCUGAAGGGAGAAUGUUCCAGACUAAAGCUGAGGCCCUGAGAGCCUCCUUCCUGGCCUUCCUGCUGAGUCUCCCAGGAUCUGGGGCCAUCAAAGCGGAGCACGUGGCAGUGUAUGACAUAUUCGUACAGAUGCAACAUCCAUCCGGCGAAUGCUUGUACGCGUUUGACGGUGAUGAGCUGUUCUACGUGGAUCUUGACAGGGAGGAGACGGUCUGGGACCUGCCGGAGUUCAGCAAGAUGUAUGCGUUCGAUGCCCAGGAGGCUGUGCCCUACAUCGUCAGCCUGAAGAACAACCUGAGAGCCUUGAUCCAGAAAUACAACGUCACCCAGGCCCCCAGUGAGCCUCCUGAGGUGACCGUGUUCCCUAAGAACCCGGUAGAGCUGGGCCAGCCCAACGUCCUCAUCUGCCAUAUCGACAGGCUCUUCCCCCCAGUGCUCAAUGUCACAUGGCUGCGUAACGGGCAGCUGGUCACCGAAGGAACUUCUGAGACUGUCUUUCUGCCCAGCACAGAACUCAGAUUUCACAAAUUCCACUACCUGACCUUCAUUCCCACGGCGCAGGAUGUGUACGACUGCAGGGUGGAACACUGGGGCCAGGGCCAGCCGAGUCUCGGUCACUGGGAAAUGCAGGAGCCAGUUCAGGUGUCCGAGACAAUGGAGACCGCGGUCUGCGCCCUGGGCCUGGUGGUGGGCCUGGUGGGCGUCAUGGUUGGCAGUGUGCUCAUCAUAAGGGCUCCGCACGGGAGCCGUAACCCCCGGACCCAGGAACCCCUGUGAGUAACUGUGGAGGUAGGGGUGUGAGGGUGCAGUCAGAGGAAAGAGAGGGCGUCUGCACCUGCUGAGCAGAAAGGAGGUGAGCAGGGCAGAGCUUUGUAGAGACAACACUGAGAACCUAAGGCUCACGCACUGCCCUGAGUGUCUGCGCUUACCGUCCCUUGUUACCCUCACCUAUAGUCUGCGUGACAGCACUAAAGUCACUGUGGUUUUGAUACACACAAAAAAGAUGCUUACAGCAUCCAUGUGCGCAAGAGCAUUAAGCACCUUCACCAAGGCUACACAGCUAGACUGUCUGGAUCGGAACAGCUUCCUAUGGAAGAGACUAGGUUCAACCAAGCGUAGACCCAGUCCAUCCUGCGCAUGCGUCCCGGGCAGUGUGGGUGGGGGGAGGGAAGGGGGAGGGAGAUGACUCUCAAUUUCCCAUCUCUGCUUAAACCCACUGCUGCCAAAAAUUCGCAUAAAAAUUCUCUUCUGGGCUUCUAUUUUAUCGAAACAUUUAUAUUUUAAAUACUAGUGCUUUUAAAUUCUCCUCUCACUGGAUAGUGAUCUCUCCAUGACGGUCCGCGUCUCUCUUAUACUGACUGAUACCAUUAUUCACUCUGGACCAGGGAGGUAUCAGUCAGCAUUUUUUGACAGAGUUUCACUAUGUUGGUCUGUAAGCUGUUCUGGAAUUCUCUAAGUUACCUGGCAGGCCUUGAACUCACAGAGAUCCACCUGCCUCUGCCUCUGCUUCUGCUUCUCCAACGCUGGAAUCAAAGCCGAGCACCUCCAAGCCAGAUUAGAAAGCCCCUGUUAGUUGUUUUUAUCUGUAGAGGGUAGCAUGCAUCUUGAUAUUAGGAAUUCUUCCAUAAAUGUCUGUUGACUUGCUGUGAAUAGUAUUUAUUGCCCUGCCACAGGCUUGUUCAGUUCCUCGAAUACUGAAGGCUACACGCUACAGUGAUGAGUGUUCUGUGGCACCAUCACUAGAACACACACAGCAUGCCUGUAUUACAAUCACUGUCACCACGGUGGAGAGUGUGUAUCAUAUACAGCUCGAGCAAGGCUACAGUGACGCUUCCUGGACUGAGAAAGUGGGGGUAGGAGCCGUACAUAAAGGGAAGGGGAAACAGGAUGGAUGAACCCGAGGUUGAUGGUGACUCUGUG